AUGUGUGUUCCGCUGCCUCUUCUUCGCGCAUUCAUCCCUCUACUCGUUUACGCUAAGACCAUUCUGCUCCUGUUAGUCCUCCUGCUCGUGCUUCCUCCCCGUGUGCCACUCUCCUCAUGUGAGGAGUUCGAAAAAAUAGAAUAUGCCCAGGAUUUAACCAAAAUAAAGUACUAUGAUUCUAACAGGCAUAUUGAUAAGAAGCAUUUGUACAAAUAUGUGGCGACGCCGUGCUUGCAGGAUCUCCUAGUUACCGUGAAGAUAGAGAAAAAUGUAGAACCAGACAACAUGUUAUUUUUCCCCAAGGGGAAAAGCUACCUUAAAAUAACAGGAGAUUGGUCACAGUUCCCAAAGGAGCAAAACGAAAAAAUAUGUUUAGCAUUCGUAUUGAAGAAAGACUUAGUAAAAAAUCAAAAGGAAAAGUGUCCCAGUGAUAUCUUUUCCUCAGAAAAUGUAUACCAAGUAUGUUAUAAGGAAAAUAAUUACUCUAUCCGAAAUCUAUUUUUAUACCUAGAAAUAUCGCAGGCUUAUUUGGAGAAGCUUUUUCUAUCCUUCAACAUCCCAGUGAUAGUGAACACAGAAAAUUCAGUAGUAUAUUUUACUAAUAAUAAAAAGAAAUCCAAAGAUGAGAAGCCCCCCUUGGAUUUACACAUAUGCUACAAGUCCAGUGAAGAACAUCCAUACUACUUAGGAAAAGUUCUCUUCAAUUCGUACCCAAUGAAGAUAGAAAGAAAUAUUAAUGACUAUGAUGUUAUUUACACAAAAUCGUUUUUAACGUCCAAUUGGGAAUACGAACUGAUUAUCAAAGGGGAGUAUAUAACCUCAUACAAUCGAGUCGUUUUUGUGAGAUUUCCUCGAGAUGUUGAUGAUAAGGAGAAGAGGUGUCCCGCCUUUUGGAACAAUGCCAUUCUUGGUGCAGGUGCAUUAAACAAAAUGAAAAGAACGGAUAAAUCCAAGUUGACGAAAAAUACUGUACAGUACUUUUUUUCCAGUGAUGAUACUUCUUCAAUCAGUUAUUACAUUCCUUUUAUAAAAAGCGAUGAUUUACAAACGAAUGAAAAUUAUCUCAUAUGUUUAUACUCCGAUGAAAAUGAUUUUCACGGUAUGGAACUUACUAAUGCUCAUUUUUAUUUUAACACAACCGAUUCGAUCAUUUUGAUAUUCCUCAUCAUUUUUGUCAUUGUCUUUUUACCUCUCCUCUUUUCGCUUACCUACCUCUGCGUCCUCUUCAAGAUGAAUGCACUCAAGGUCAAGAUGCAGAAGCUGCAGCUUCUAAACAGGAAGGACGAAAUUGAGGACCGCCUCAAGCGGGAGUUAAACCUUGACCAGUACGAGUGCAUUUAG